UUUCUGUUAAAGAGGCUUUGUGAUUGAUAGUCUGAUUUGAAUUUCUGAUGCGUUGUGUUUGUUUUUGUAUUGCUGUUUGUUAUCUGCUUCAUUAGUCGUAGUUGAUUUCUAUAUUGCUCUGUUUAAUUCUGAUUUCAAGCUCUGUAUUGCUGUGCAUUGCUUGUCUAGGCUCUCUACCAGCAGGUUUGAUUUCAAGCUCUGUUUUUAUUUUCUCCUGAUUAUCUGAGAUGUGCACCAUAAAUUCAGGAAAGCUGAUGAGUUUUGGCUAGUACAAGAAGUACCUCACCCGCUACCCUGUCAUAGAAUUUCAUACUUCUAGAUGGGAUCUACAAUUCGCCAAACUAUCUAAAAAUUUGACUAAGAAAAUAAUAAUUGAUUUCAAUUUCAGAUUAAUAUGAUAUUGCCGGAAUUGUUUUUGUAUUUGUUUGAAUCCUCACAUGACUUACCAAAUGAUGGGCAUACACAAAUUCAAACAAUUCCGGCAAUAUCAAAUUCGGUGGAUGUAUGUUAAAAAAAAAAAAAAAAUUCCCUUCAAAGAAUUAUCCAGCCGUUAAAAGCCAUUACUUUUUGUGUUUUUUUAUGGAUUUCAAUUUCAAGGAUUAGGCAAAGAGCUUCAUCAGCGAUGACGUCUGUGGCUCUUCUUGCUCCUCCUCUCACCCCCUUCUCAUCUUCUCUUUCACAUCAUCAUCAUCAUCAUCAUCAUUCUCUCUCGCCACUUCAAUUUCACCCCCAAAACCCUAGGCUUCGCAUAUUGUAUUCCUCUAAUCGAUCACAAUCGUUGAAAACCACAGAGAUGGAUUCAAGACCCGAAUACCAGCCCGGAAUCUUCGAUGACCUAUUUCUUAACUUGUUCUGAAGCCGAAUGGUACAGGAAGUUAGGUGGGAUUCAGAGAAGCCUGGAUACAAUGGACUAAUUGAAGUCGCAAACCGUCUUAUGAUCAGAAGAAGCAAUUCUGAAACCAAAGAAGCCGCGGUGCGGAUAUUAAGAUUGCUGUUUCCUCCAUUUUUGUUAGAGCUUUACCGAAUGCUCAUAUCACCUAUUCAAGGAGGGAAAUUAGCUGCAAUGAUGGUUGCAAGGGUGACUGCACUAUCUUGUCAAUGGCUCAUGGGCCAUUGUGCUGUUAACUCUGUGGAUCUUCCUGAUGGAUCCUCAUUGAGAAGUGGGGUGUUUGUAGAAAAAUGCAAGUACUUGGAGGAAAGCAAAUGCGUGGGAAUUUGUAUCAAUACAUGUAAGCUUCCUACACAGACUUUCUUCCGGGAUUACAUGGGAGUUCCUUUACUGAUGGAGCCAAACUUCAGCGACUAUAGUUGUCAGUUUAAAUUUGGAGUGCUUCCACCUCCGGCAGAAGAUGAUAGUGCCCUGAAGGAGCCUUGCUUAGAGAUAUGCCCAAAUGCCAGUCGACGCAGAGGCAGAGAAUUCACCAGUAACGCUGCUGAUGUAUUGCAAUGUCCCAAGGCAUGAAUAUUCAGCAUAACUUCCAAUCCAAUGUCAUGUUAACAUCUUCUUGGAUGUAGUGUAUAUGCCUAUACAGAGACCUUUUAUUACAAAAUUCCCUCUCAAAGUGAUGAAAUACUCUGCUAUAUUGCCACUUGAAAUUGAAACAUUUAUGAUCACAAUUGCCUUGUUCUGUG